GAUGAAGCAAGCCCCGUCUGCGAGAACUGCCAACAGCAGGGCCUGGCAUGUCCCGGCUAUAAGCGUCAGCUGGUUUGGGCGAGUCAUGAUGGAGACCGGAUAUAUCGCCGGCCGCUAUUCUCCAGUGAAUGAUCCUUCUCGGGCUUCUACUGUUCAAAUCUGUGUCUGCUAACUAGCGUUGCAGAUACUAAUCAACUGAAGAUGACACAAAUGACGGCAGAAAGUCUCGGAAAGCAGUCUGUCAGUGCUACUUUGGCUCAACUGGAAACUGAAUUCGAAAGCAGCGUUACCUUGAGAGGCGACUCGUUUAGAGGUCCUUUCGGUGUCCUGGUAUUGUCCAAUAAUGGGUCUGCCGAUAAUGAGCUAACUGAGCCGCAGUCCGACCAGGCUGAGGGCAACAGGUUGGACUGGAAUAUCUUUUCUCCCACCAUCACAUGGGACAAUGCUAUGUUUGAUGGUUUGUACAAUAUACCCGGGGACUCGCGUGAUUCUACUAUACCAGAUCAAUUAAUGGACAUUAUUAUUGCAACCGCUGAUGCUCAGUCUCUCCUUCAACCCUCAAUAAAUCCGCAUUCUGACGAGCUCGCCAAACGGUCGGCCUCUUCAUCUCUGGCACCAAUUCUUCCAUCCCUCGGGGUCUGCUCAGGGCAUACAACCAUACCUCCUCAAGCUGCCGAUUUGCUGCGGUAUUUCAAAGAGAAUGUCAUUUCGCUCUCAUUUCCUCUGAGAAACUGCCGAUACUGCCCAUGGCAGACAGUCCAUCUCCCAGGUGCAAUGAGCGCAUUUGCAGAUCUCAGCAUUCACUAUACUACGAGCCACACCAGACUCUCGCUGUUUUAUUCUCUUCUUGCUGCCAGCUGCCUCCAUAAGUAUACACGCGGUAGUUCUACCGGUGACCUGGAAUCGUCGGCAAAGCUGUUUAAAGAUACCGCCACGCAACAUCUUGAGUUAGCCCUGCAGGAGCAGGCUAUAGAACCCAAGCGCGCUAGUUAUAAGGAGAUACUAAUGGCUGUUUUAAGCAUGGUUAUGCUAUCGAUAUUCGACGGCGAAAAUACUCGGGCCCAAGCGUUUUUAGUUGAUGCUGAAUAUCUCAUUCGCACGCGAGGCCUUCCCAGACAAUACAAGUCUCCCAAGGUCCGAUCCUUGCACCACGUCUAUACAUUCCUGCGCAUCAUGGCCGAAAGCACAUGCGGAUGUGCCUUACUGGACAUUUGUCCCGACCGUCCCAGUUCCAGCUUGCUCUCAAUUGAGCCAUCAUCACACUCUCUACGAAGUUUUCGCAUGGCUGAUGAUAUUUUAAAUGCUGAGAUCGACCUAACACAAGCAAAAGGCAACAAGAUCGGCCAGGAUGACAUUCAUUUGGAGGUAAUGGGGCGGUGGGAUGACACGCUCUUCUCGGAUAUCUACGGGAUACCGGAGACCCUCUUAAAUCUUCUCUCACAGGUUAUUCGCCUGGCCAACGAACAAGAGCUCCUCCACCGCGACGCUUCGACCGUGGAUGUGCGCACCACAGCAGAGUUGAAGCGGCGCGCGAGCCUACUCGAGCAUUACAUUCUCUCGUGGGAGCAGUCUCCCGGAUCGAGUUCAAAAAGAAACAAUUCAACAGCGUCCAAUUCAGGUCAAAAUGCUACCUCCAGCCGGAACCUUACAGCAAACCAUUUCAUGGUUCUAGCCAUGCAUCAAGCACUUAUCUUGUUCUACUACCGUCGCAUUACCAAUAUCAGCGCUUUGAUCCUGCAGGAUACUGUUCGCAACUGCUUGAAUUUCCUUCAACGCUACGACGAAGCCCGCAUUGAGAAUAGCAAGGCUGCUCCUCCCUAUACUCCUGACACAGCAACCCUCUGGCCUGGCUUCGUUGCAGCCUGUGAAGCAAUAGACCCCGACUUGCAGAGUAGUCUGCUAGAUUGGCUUGUUUUGACAGGCCAACGGAUCUCCUUGGGCUCGUUCUCUGCAGCUGCAGGGACUGCGCAGUGCGUUUGGAAGACACGGUCCGAGACCAAGGACUACACGUUGAGCUGGUUUGAUGUUAUGAAGCAUGAAAGAUGCCCGAUUAUCGCGACGUGAUAAUUUGAUUUCAUCCUGGACGGAUUAU